CCCCCCGCGGCCGGUCCCGGGCCGGCCUCGCUGGGGGCCGCCGCAGUCCCCGCCCGCCCGGCCGGGAGGGGCCAAGCAGGAGCCGCAGAGCCGCCGCCGGGCGAUGCCGCGCCGGGCACGGGGGUGCCCCCCCCUCCCCGUGCCGGCCCCGCCCCGCGCCGCUUCCCCGAGGUAAGCGCGGCCCCGGCUGGGGGGGGCGGGGGGGAGCUGCGGGGCCCCGCUCCGCCGCUGCGGCCCCGUUUCUCUCCCUCCCGGCCCUCCCCGGCGCGCCGAGCCCGAGCCAUGCUGCGGGCGGACAGCCAGAGCCAGAGCCAGAGCGAGCCGGCCGCGGCUCCCCCGCCUGCCCCGGCUCGGCCGCCGGCCCUCCCCGCCGCUCCCCGGCCCGGCUCCGAGCAGCUCCCCGCCGCCUCGCCGCUCUCCUGCUGCAGCCCCGCCGCCCGCUCGGCUGAAGGCUCGGGACAUGCAGGGUUCGGGGCUUUCGCCUGUCCGGGCACCCCCAGGAUGGUGCCCCCGCCGCCCAUCAGCAAGCCCCACGUGUGCCUCUCCACCGUGCUCAUCAUGAGCAGCCUCGUCCUUAUGGAUGCCUACCUGGUGGAGCAGAGCCAGGGCUCCAGGAAGCUGGGCAUCUGCGUCAUGGUGGCGGUGGGCGACGUCUGCUUCCUGCUGGUGCUGCGCUACGUGGCCACCUGGGUGGGGGCGGAGGUGAAGACGGCCAAGCGGGGCUACGCCAUGAUCCUCUGGUUCCUCUACGUCUUCGUUCUGGAGAUCAAGGUCUACUUCGUCUACCAGAACUACAAGGCUGACCGCAAGAGCCUGGACCUGAUGGCCCGCAAAGCGCUGACCUUGCUGCUCUCCGUCUGCAUCCCGGCCCUCUACGUGCUGCUGGUGGCCACGGAGCGCAUGGAGUACGUGCGGACCUUCAAGAAGAAGGAAGAUCUCCGCAACCGCCUCUUCUGGGUCAUCGUGGACAUGCUGGACGUGCUGGACAUCCAGGCCAACCUGUGGGAGCCCCAGAAGAAGGGCCUGCCGCUCUGGGCGGAGGGCAUCAUGUUCUUCUACUGCUACAUCCUGCUCCUGGUCCUGCCCUGCGUGUCCCUCUGCGAGAUCAGCAUGCAGGGCAUCGGCAUCGUGCCGCACCGCAUGAUGCUCUACCCCAUGCUGAGCAUGCUCACCGUCAACAUCACCACCAUCUUCAUCCGCGGCAGCAACAUGCUCUUCUUCAGGGACGCCCGCGUCUCCAGCAUCUUCAUGGGCAAGAACAUGCUGGCCAUCGGCCUCAAGCUCUGCAUGUUCGUGCAGUACCAGCGGCACCGCAACCACGCGCCACCGGGGCCCGGCCCUGCCCCGCAAGGCUCCUGCCAGCCCCAGCCCUCCCCGGCGCCCGGCAAGUCCCGGGAUCAGCCCACUCGCCCCGAGGAGCCGGCCCAAGGACAACACGUGAGGCAGCAGCCGCAGCCCGACCGCCCCCACAAAACACCAGGAGGGCCGCAGAGCCCCCCGGACUGCCCCCAUGGGCUGUGUGGGGACGCCACUUGCGCCACCGCGGCCUCUCGCCCCGCUCCCCGUGCCGUGAGAGCCAGGUGCCCACGCUGGGGGCAGCGAGGACCGGGCUUCCUCCGGCCUCUCCUCCUCCUUGGACAGCCGCAGGCUCGGCCACGGGACCUUUUUCGUACCUCCCUCUUUGCAAUAAAAGACCUGAGCCCUCCUCGUGUCCGUGUCCCCCGUCCCUCGCCUGUCCAAGUGUCACGUGGCGGUGGUGGGGAAAGGGGAACUCAUUGGUGGCCACCCAGAUGCAGGGAGAAGGUCCCAGGCGCCCACAUGGGGGCAUUCUCUCCUCAUUUCUCCCAUGCUGGACAGCAGCAGGUGAAACCUGUGUCCAGCAGCUGGGGAUGGGGACACGGGGACCUGGGAAGGCAACUCCUGCAUGGCCAGGGCUUCCAGGUGAGCCCACUCCAGCCUCCUUCCUCAAUUCUCUCCCUGCACCGUUACCAGGAGAGAUUUGUCCAGCUCCAGAAUAAAAACAAAGCGUAGAACAGCAAAAUGAUGCCACAAAGGGGCUGUGAGAGCCUUGAGCUUCGGUGCCACUGCAGGCGUAAGGAUGCGGCAGGCUCUGCAUCCAUCACGAAGCCAGGAGAGGAGGAAGAGGCCAGGCAAAGCCCACGCCUGGCUUGCUUUGUGCUAAGGGUGGCUGCGGCUCUCCUUAUCGUCCCUAAGCGAGCUGGCACAUCCCACUUCUUCCGCCUUCCCCCAGUCUCACCAAAACCCGUCAG